AUGAGCGAGCUAGACCUGUUUACCGUCCCAGCGACACAACUCUUGAUAGAGGACAGUCAAUAUGUGGAAAUAACUCCAAUAUCAGCGCUGACUUACACCGGACCGAUCCAGUUUUUUAUCCCCGGAGACGGAGAAAGAUACCUAGAUUUAAAUAACACGCUGAUUCAUCUCCGGGUGAAAAUUACAAAUGCUGACGGGAGUAAUCUGGCUGCUGACGCCAGCGUGGGGCUAAUAAAUUACCCCCUGAACACAAUUUUUUCACAGGUCGAUGUCACUCUGGGUGACAGGUUAAUUUUGCAGUCCAGCGCCACACAUCCUUACAGAGCUAUGAUUGAAACAUUACUGAACUUCUCAGCUGAAUCACUCAAAUCUCAGUUCACAGCAGGCCUUUUCAUCAAAGACACGGCAGGCGAGCUGGAUUCAACCGUGACGGCUGAUGAUGGGCCCAACGCAGGUCUGGUGAGCAGAGCGCACCUCACCACUCGGUCAAGAGAAAUCCACCUGCUUUGUCCGUUACACGCAGACAUCUUUUUCUGCGAGAGGUCGUUGUUAAAUAAUGUUGACCUUAGAGUUAAGCUGAUUCACGCAGGUGACACUUUCAGCCUGAUGUGUGCUGAUAACAGCACUUUUAAGUUAAACAUCCUGGGAGCGUCUCUUUUUGUUAAAAAAGUCUCAGUCUCCCCAGCAGUUCUUCUCGGCCACAAUGUGGCGUUAUUGAAAGGGAACGCCCUGUAUCCAUUAUCACGGAUUAAUGUGAAAACCUAUGUUAUCCCUCACAAUUCCAGAAUUUGCAAUCAGGAAAAUCUGUUUCUUGGGAUCAUGCCGAAAUACGUCGUCCUGGGUAUGGUGAACCACAAUGUUUUCAGGGGAAAAAGGGAUUCAUCCCCGUUUAACUUCCGAAACUACGAUGUGGAAUACCUGGCUCUAAGCCAAAAUGGGAGACAGGUGCCUUCUAAACCCUUCCAACUGCAAUUUAACAACAGGAUCUCCGUCAGAGAGUUUUAUAAUUUGAACACAGCCACAGGGAGAUAUUUGAAGGAUCUUCCUUUCUGUAUAACUCGUGACGAUUUCCCGCUGGGAUACGCCUUGUAUGCCUUUAACCUGAGUCCGGAGGAGGAUACGGGGCACUGUCAUCGGUUUCUACUGGAAGUCUAA